AUGGAACUAGCUGCAUUCCAUCGAAGUAAUCUCCUCUAUACCCAGGAGCCUCUCUCAAGGUACAAGUCCGGAGGAUACCACCCAGUGACCAUCGGGGACACAUUCAAAGAAGACCGCUACAAGACCCACCAUAAGCUCGGAUGGGGUGGUUUUUCGACCGUGUGGCUUGCACAUGACAAAGACCGAAACCAAUGGGUCUCCUUGAAAAUAAUGACCGCCGAUUCACAUGAAUCGCGCGAACUGCAAAAUCUAAAAUUCCUAGAAAGGAAUUCUGAAGAAAGUCUCUGCUCUCACUAUAUCGUCCGACUGCUUGAUUCCUUCUCUCACGAAGGACCCAACGGAAUCCUUCAGUGUCUUGUUUAUGAGUUACUUGGGCCUUCUGUUAAUAAGGUCCUUGCGGACUACGCUGAGCGUGGCGAUAAACUCGGGUCGGAGACUAUCCUUCGCAUUUCUACGCAACUCUUGAAGUCCGUUGCCUUUUUAGUAGGUACACUUACCUUGAUAUCGGAUAUAAGCGGCCGCAACAUCGCAUUCGCAUGCACUUCAUUAAAAACCACAACAGAGCAGCAAAUUUUUCGGGUCCUUGGGACCCCCGAAAUCGAAUCUCUCGCCCGCCUUGAUGGCCAGCCUUUGCAAAAAGGAUUACCGACGCAGCUAGUCAAAGCAGCAGAGUGGGUGGACUGGAUAGACGAAGACGAAGAGGAAAUUCGACUCCUGGAUUUUGGCGAGAGUUUUCUUCUCGACACAAAGCCGGAGAAGCUCGCCCAGCCGGGUAUAUUGCGGGUACCGGAAACCAUUUUCACGGAUGGGUUUGAUUACCGGGUUGAUUUGUGGCGGGUGGGGUGUAUGAUUUAUUCUAUCCUCUUUACGAAGUCCCCGUUCUGGUACCUGGGUGAAGUGGAGGUUCUAGUAUUUCAGAUGAUUGGGUUUGUGGAGGGAUUGCCGAGAGAAUGGCAGUCCACGUGGGAAUCAAUGCAAGCGAAAUCUAAACAUGAUUUAACGGUGGAAGGUAAGCAACAUGUUGGAACACUAUAUAAACCAUUGCUAACCUCUGGAGAUUGGGAGGUAUCAAAGUUGGAACGGAAGUUUGCUGAGAACGUGCAUGAUCCCACUCUGGCGCCUUUUCUCGAGGUUAUUCAAGGACUGAUGCGUUUCUUACCAGCUGAUCGUAUCACUGCAGAUAAGGCACUUGAUUUACUGGAACGGGCUAAACAGCAAUGA